UCCCCGCGUGCCACCGGCUGGCUGGCUGGCUUUCUAGCUGGCGAGAGAGCGAUCCGGCGCUCACCCGGCAAAACCCAUUGUCUGCCAGCCAGGCGCCGGCGGGAAAGGCGCGCGCAACAGACAGCGCGAGAGCAAGAGAGAGAGAGAGAGCGAAAGAGAAGCGGGCGAGAGAGGAGCGGAGGCGCAGCGCUUCUCUCCAGAGGCAGGCGGGCAGGACACCCAGGCCAGGCGCGAUGCAGGGCGCCGGCACUUGUUUUGCCAGACUGAGGCCAGCGCCGGCCCGGAGCAGCUGCUGAGAGGAAAGGAAAGGGAGCAAGACGCAGCGAGAAGGAGGAGGAGGAGGAGGGCGGCCUCGGCGGCGACUCCCAACUUCGCCCUUUGGCCUGCCAGGGCGAGCCUCUUCCCGCAUGGAGACGCUGAGCGCGGUGAGGGCCAAAGUGGGGGCCAGGAGCCCCGGCGGCUGCGAGGCGGUGGGCAGCGGCGGAGAGCCCCAAGCCUUGCCCCAAGCCGGACCUACGCCGCCGCCGCCGCCGCCCCCGGAGCCCGCCGCCGGGUAUCGCCUCGAGGACCUGGAGACCUUGGCCACUGUGGGAACAGGUACUUUUGGGCGGGUUCAUCUGGUAAAAGAGAAAUCAGCCAAAACCUACUUCGCGUUGAAAGUAAUGAGCAUUCCAGAUGUCAUUCGACUAAAACAAGAACAACAUGUGCACAAUGAAAAAUCGGUCUUGAAAGAAGUGAAUCAUCCAUUUCUGAUCAGAUUAUUUUGGACUUACCAUGAUGAACGCUUUCUAUAUAUGUUGAUGGAAUAUGUACCUGGGGGUGAACUUUUUAGUUAUCUGCGCAACAUGGGACGCUUUAAUAACAGCACUGGACUGUUUUAUUCUGCAGAAAUUAUUUGUGCAAUAGAAUAUCUCCAUUCAAAGGAAAUUGUUUACAGAGACUUAAAGCCUGAAAAUAUUUUAUUGGACAAAGAGGGGCAUAUCAAACUCACAGACUUUGGAUUUGCUAAAAAACUGGUUGAUAGGACAUGGACCUUGUGUGGGACUCCAGAAUAUCUUGCCCCAGAAGUUAUACAGAGUAAAGGUCAUGGAAGAGCAGUGGACUGGUGGGCCCUGGGGAUUCUGAUAUUUGAAAUGUUGUCUGGGUUUCCUCCAUUUUUUGAUGAUAACCCAUUUGGAAUAUAUCAGAAGAUUCUUGCUGGCAAAAUCGAUUUUCCCAGACAUCUGGAUUUAUAUGUAAAGGACCUUAUUAAGAAGCUUCUUGUGGUUGAUAGAACGAGGCGGCUAGGGAAUAUGAAGAAUGGAGCUGAUGAUGUGAAGCGGCAUCGGUGGUUUAGGUCUGUUGACUGGGAUGCUGUACCACAAAGGAAAUUAAAGCCUCCUAUAGUGCCGAAAGUAUCAAGUGAUGGUGACACAUCAAAUUUUGAAGCUUAUCCUGAAGAUGACUGGAACAAAACACCUCCUGUACCUCCUAAAGAUUUAGAAAUUUUCCAAAACUUCUAAUUUUGAGACAGACAUUAAUAAGAAACUGGAAAAAGAUGGAUCCUAUAUCUGGAAACUGGAAGAGAAGACUGAAAACAUUAUUGACGUUUUUAUUUGAAACGAAUGAGAAAUGUUACUUUAUUAUGUAUAGUCUUUGAAGAAAUAAAGUUUACUGUUGGCGAAGGAACAAUACUUUUAAUUAGAUAAACAAAUCUGGCAUUAGUUCAAUAAAUUAAAAUAAUACUGAAGCACCUAUUUCAGGUGAAGGCAUUGAAACUGUAAUAGUUUUUUUAAAAGAAAUGUUUUAAUUUAUGUUUCAUGCUAUGCCCAAAUCUUUUUUGCAUAGUUGUCUCAUAGAGUAACUUUAUAAGUUUAUAUUAAGAUUGUCCUUUGAAGCACAAAUUAGUAUAUGUAUAUAAAGAAAUCAGAACACCUAAAGCACAGAAACUGUGCAGAAAUGUAAAAUUUUGUACUUUACAGAUUCUAUGGUUUUUAUUCUUAAAUGUUUUCAAAAUGCUUCUAAAAAUUAAAAUUUUCAAAAUGCUUCUUGAAAUGAUAGGUUUUUCAGCAUCUUCUAUACAUUUUAUAAUUCUUUGUAAAGAGGAAUAUACAUAAAAUUGAGAAAAUUGUAGCAUGUUCAGUGCUUAACACCUGCAGCCAUACUACUUGAAAGAAGAAAGAUAAACAAGGCCUUGUUAUAUGUUUUAAUUUAAUUGUUUUUUCCUUACACUGCAUCAUGUUUUAUUUACAAGGUUGAGUUGAAAUGAUGUGUUUGCACAUCAAAAUUCUUUGUGACUACGUACAAUGUAAAAUUUGUAAAACAAAAUAAUAUGAAAUCAUAGCCAGAUUUCAUAUAUAUAUACACCUAUAUGCACCGCUGGUUGCGAAUAAAGAUAAGAUCUGUUCUCUGAAUGUAUAUUUACUUCUCACACUUGCAGGUAUCUGAUAGUCGCUUAAGACAGUGGGUGCCAAUAUAUGACCCCCAAAAUGUUAUGUUCUUCAAUUCCCAGAAAUUCAAGCCAGUCUGAGUCAUGGUUAGAGAUACGUCUUGAGGGUCAAAGGUCAGAAAUCAUACCAAUAUAAACCAAGCCACAAAUGGGUGCAUGCUUGCCUAUCAUUAAACAAUAGCAAUCUCAGGCAAUUUCUUGAUGUGUGAAAUAAGCAUCACAGAUGAAGCACUGUGAAAAUUCUGUUACAAGAUUUUCCAUGAGCCAUAUAACCCUUCAUGUCAGGUACAUGGAUAUCUGAAUCAGCUUUGAAAUGUGAUCUACAUAUUAAGAUCCUAUGUAUUACAGGAGUUCAUGAAAUUUGUACAGGAAUCCAUGUAAAUCACAGAUCGGUAUUUUCUCAGAUCCAUUUACAAUUGUGAAGUUAUAUAAUUACACUUCUUUGCUUUUGUCUAUGUAUGGGGAAGGGUGCCCUACAAGGAGUUUGAAGUUAUUCGUAUCCUAUUUAUGAAAAACAGGUGUCUUGAAAUGGUAAUGCCAGUUUGACAAAAAUAUUUAUUUCAUUAAAAAGAUAGAAUAAUUUGGCAGUUAA